AUGACGGUGCACCAAUAUGCAGCUAGAUUCAUUGAAUUAUCCCGUUUUGCUGCGUAUCUGAUUCCUAACGAAGAAAAGAAAGCCCGUAAAUUCGAACAAGGGCUAAAUGAAAAACUUUAUGAACGAGUAGUGGGCUUCCAGAUUCGAAAUUUCUCAGAAUUGGUAGAUAAGGCCACAGUUUUUGAGCGAAGCCUUCAAAGGAGCGCUGCAUUGCACGAUCAGAAGAAGAGGACUAUUUCUUCAGGGCCUCAUUCUGGUAUGGACCAAGGAGCGUGGAAAAAGAGAAAUGAAGGUAGUAGCUCGGGAAAAAUGAUGGUUCAGGGCACCCAACAAGCAUAUCAAUGUAGAACUUGCAACCGAGUACAUACUGGAGUAUGCAGGAAGGAAGCGGGACUAUGCUACCGUUGUGGCAGAUCAGGCCAUUAUCUCAGGGACUGUCCUCUACGAUUGGAUAACAGCAGGCCCCCACCACCACCUAGAAUAGAAGGGACAGCGCGAGGCAACAUGCAGCGUACUACUGCACCUGCAAGGGUUUUUGCUCUGACACCUGGAGAGGCUGAGGAUAGGAAUGAUGUGAUCACGGGUACUCUUUCCUUGUUUUCUAAUAAUGCCACUGUACUAUUUGAUUCGGGAGCGACACAUUCGUUUGUUUCCAUGACCUAUGCUCGAUUUUGCACCUUAGAAACUGAAGAGUUAAAGUCCAAGUUAGUGGUUGCGACCCCAACAGGAAAUUCGGUAGUCUGUGACAAGUUUCUACCAGGGUGUCCUUUAUCAAUUGAGGGAAGAUUGAUGCCAGCAGAUUUGAUAGUGUUUAACAUGUUUGGGUUUGAUGUAAUCUUGGGUAUGGAUUGGCUGGCUUGCUACCACGCCAGCAUAGACUGUUUUAAAAAGGAAGUGAUACUUAGGCCCCCAAAAGAAAGUGAAUUUUGA